AUGAAGUUCUCACUCGUUGUUUUGGCCAUUACUGUCACUCUUGCCUCUGCGGCCGAGUUUCCAGGUCAGCCAGCUUGCGCUAGCGCCUGUAUCACACAAGCCGUUGCAGAAGGCACCAACUGCGACAUUGAAGACACAGCUUGCCAAUGUCAAGCCUCCAAUCUCGCCGGCAUCUCCAGCGCCAUCGUUCCCUGUAUCCUCGGCGCCUGUACCGCAGCGGGAGAAAUCCAACAAGCCCAGAAUGCCCCAAAUAGAUGCACCAUAGCACCCGCGGAGACAACCGUCUCCGAAAACACCAGCACCGCAGAGACUACUUCGGAAAGCUCCACCUCAUCCGCAUCUCCAGGCUCAUCUUCUUCUUCUUCGGGCCCAGCUUCAACUUCUGAGGUAGGAUCUUUAACCACUGCGCCUGCUACGACUUCAAGACCUGGGAAUGGAACGGUUACUACCGCAGGUCCUACUGCUACUUCUAGUGCAGCCGGAGAGGUCACCGCGAAUGCAGGACACUCUGUUGGUCUUGCCGGUGUUGGCGGUAUGGUUGGUCUUCUUGCGGCCGUGGUCGCUGCUUUGUAG